AUUGCAUAGGCAUAGAUUGAAUCACAGUGGAAAAGAAAGCCCACGUCAAUAUCAGGAGAGGGAGAGAGAGAGAGUGGAAGAGAAAACUCACACAAAGUGAGAAAAUUAAGCACACGCCAUCACGGCAACGUUGCCAUCACCGGCAAACGCAAACACAAGCCAAAAACCUAACGUUGAUACUGUUCGCGCAUUCAACCUCUCCCUCUCAUUCUCAUCUCUUCAAUUCCUCAUUCUCAACCGAAUUCCCUAUCCUAUUUCACCGUCUCGCGUUUUCUUCUGGCGAUGGCGUUGGGAUUGAUUUGAAUUGAGUAUUGCUAUUCCGAAUUGCGUUGCGUAGCGAUUCCGAUAAGAUGAGCAUGCCGAAGCCGAACCAGGUGACAGUGAGAGACCUCGUCGAGGAAGCUAAGAAACGGAUCGUCAUCCUCGUCGUAUGCGUCGUUGGACUCUCAUAUCUCAUGUCCUUGACAAGUUCCUCAGUUUGGGUCAACUUGCCAGCUGCUGCCUCCUUAAUUAUUAUUCUCCGCUAUUUAUCACUAGAUUUUGAAAUGAAGAGAAAAGCUGCAGCAUACAACAACAAAGCAAGCUCCGCCAUUGUUCAGUCUUCAAAUAAGCCUAUUGAAAAUCCUAAAGUCGUUGCAAAGUUUGAUUGGAGAACAAAAGUGAACUCUCCUGUAGUCGAGGAUGCAAUUGAUCACUUCACCAGACAUUUAAUUUCUGAGUGGGUGACAGAUCUUUGGUAUUCUCGCAUAACACCAGACAAAGAGGGUCCUGAGGAGUUGGUGAAAAUAAUCAAUGGUGUCCUUGGGGAAAUUUCAGGACGCAUGAGAAACAUAAAUCUGAUAGAUUUUUUGAUAAGGGAUCUUAUUAAUCUCAUUUGCACACACUUGGAGCUGUUUCGUGCUGCUCAUUUAAAGAUUGAAAAACAACAUACAGGUUCAUUAACAAUUGAAAGUCGAGAUACUGAACUAAAAAUUGUCUUGGCUGCUGAGAACAAAUUGCAUCCUGCUCUAUUUUCUGCUGAAGCCGAGCAUAAGGUUUUGCAGCAUCUGAUGACAGGUCUCAUGUAUGUUACUUUCAAAUCUGAGGAUUUGAGGUGUUCUUUCUUUCGAUAUACUGUGAGGGAGCUUCUUGCAUGUGCUGUAAUGCGACCUGUCCUAAACUUAGCCAACCCGAGAUUUGUUAAUGAAAGAAUUGAAUCCGUGGUAGUUAAUAAGACCAAGGUUAACAAGGGGGUCCCUGCAGCACAAGAGGCAUCUCACACUAAUCCAGAUGAGUUACAGACUUCGUCUGAUCAUUUUUCCAAGUGUCUAGAUCCUUCUGUUACUGGGGUUGAGCUUGUGCAGCUAAGGAAUGGUCAAUCAAGAAAUAGAGAGUCUUCUGCAGAAAAUAAUACCCGUGAUAAUAUUACUAAAGAUCCAUUGCUUUCUAUUGAUGCUCAAUCAUCCCGCACAUGGAACUCAUUGCCUCCAAAUUCGCAAACUAAUGACAACCAAGGUGUUCAGAGACAUCGCUCCGGAGGAGAGUGGGGAGAUAUUUUAGAUGUCAUCUCUCGCAGAAAGACCCAAGCUCUUGCUCCAGAACAUUUUGAGAACAUAUGGACAAAAGGGAAAAAUUACAAGAAAAAGGAUGACGGGAACCAGUCAAAUGAGCCUGUUUUGCAGCAUCCUGUGGUAGGAAAAUUGUCAAAAGCAGAUCAUAUGAAGUCAAUAUCAGGACCCAAAGAAAGAGACACAAAUUCCAAACUCAUUCCCUCUAAGGGAGGCCACAUUAAUUCUGGACACAGCAGUCAAUCCACUGUUGAAAAUACGUCCUUUCUUGCAGACACAAAUGGAUCAACUCGAUCUUCAGUUACCUCAUAUAAAGAUGAUGAGCACAACCACAUUUAUACGCAGAUGAAUGAUUCAGAGGGCAGUACUUCUUAUAGUACUGAAGAUGAUGAGAGCAGCAGUGUCACUGGUCUUGAUUCCCCUGGCACUAAGGUCUGGGAUGGAAGAAGUAAUAGAAACCAGGCCGUUUCUUAUGUUCAUCACCCACUUGAAAUUUUUGACAAUCACAGUACAAAGAAAAGGAAUAAGAGCCAUUCUCGCUAUCCAAGAUUAUCCAGAACCCAAUCUGGCAGUAAAAGGUCUAGGCCAAGUGGUCAUAAAAUACAUACGUGGCAGGAAGUUGAGAGAACCAGCUUUUUAUCUGGAGAUGGUCAAGACAUACUUAAUUCUCCAAAAUUACAUGUAAAUUCUGAGGAGUCCAGUGAUGAUGCUGAUAUUGAAACUUUGGGUAGACUUUACAGUGGAGCCACUGCCUCCUCUUCCACAUACUCUAUUUCUAAAUCAGAAUCUUGUAGUUUGUCCGUUAAUUCCCUAAAAGUUUCCUCUGCCAUGGAUUCCUUUUACAAGUUGCGAUGUGAGGUCUUAGGUGCAAAUAUUGUGAAGAGUGGCUCAAGAACCUUUGCUGUUUACUCCAUAUCCGUUACAGAUGUAAAUAAUAACAGUUGGUCAAUUAAAAGAAGGUUUCGUCAUUUUGAGGAGCUACAUCGACGCCUGAAAGAGUUCCCUGAGUACAAUCUUCAUUUACCACCAAAACAUUUUCUGUCAACUGGUUUAGAUGUACCAGUCAUUCAAGAGCGGUGUGAAUUGCUGGAUAAAUAUUUGAAGAAACUUAUGCAACUACCAACAGUUUCAGAAUCAAUUGAAGUAUGGGAUUUUCUCAGUGUUGACUCUCAGACAUACAUAUUCUCAAAUUCUUUUUCUAUCAUGGAAACAUUACCAGUUGGCUUGGAUGCCAAGCCAUCUGAGAAGAUUAAAAACACUUCCAACUUCUCUGCACCUGCAAGUGACCCUAUAGCCUUACGGAGAGAAGACUGUAGUGCAGAAGGCAAAGAGGCUGUUUUGCAAGCAAGAAAUAAUGUUGAGGCUGAUGGAUUGAGGUCAAAAGUAGAUGGCACACCUCUUUCUCUUCCUAAAAAGAAUACACAAGAACCUAGAAAGUCUUUUGAUAAUUCUGGCAGCAAUAAAGAUAUUCUAACCAGGAAGACUGCACCUUCUCCCAAUAACUUGCAGACGGUGAAAGGAAGAGAUAAUUCAGAUGAGGUUUCUGAUGUGAACCAUGAUACUUCUGAUACUUUUCCAACAGAGUGGGUGCCACCAAAUUUGAGUGUACCAAUAUUGGAUCUGGUGGAUGUCAUCUUCCAGGUUCAAGAUGGUGGAUGGAUUAGGCGGAAGGCCUUCUGGGUUGCUAAACAAAUAUUACAACUAGGAAUGGGUGAUGCCUUUGAUGACUGGUUGAUAGAGAAAAUUCAGCUACUCCGUAAGGGAUCAGUGAUUGCUUCAGGGGUCAAGCGAGUUGAGCAAAUACUCUGGCCUGAUGGAAUAUUCCUAACUAAGCAUCCAAAUCGACGACCACCACCACCAAAAUCACCUGCUAGUUCAUCUCAGAAUUCACCUCAUGGUCAUCAACCUACACAAGUAUCUUCAACAAUGGUGGAUGAUGAGCAGCAAAAGGAGGCAGAACGGCGUGCAAAGUUUGUCUAUGAGCUAAUGAUUGAUCAUGCACCACCAGCAAUUGUAGGUCUGGUUGGUCGAAAGGAGUAUGAGCAAUGUGCUAGGGAUCUAUAUUUUUUCCUUCAGUCGUCGGUUUGUUUGAAGCAGCUGGCUUUUGAUUUCUUGGAGUUGCUGCUUACAUCAGCAUUUCCAGAACUCGGGGAUGUUUUCAAGCAGCUGCAUGAAGAAAAGCAUAAAUUUGGCGAGUUCAGAACAAAGUAGGAUUAUAAUUUUCAGAUGAGGCAGAGAAACUAUAGUGCAGAUGUUGUGUCUUCCAGGAUGCAUUUUUGUUUUGUGAUUUUUCCUGGUUUAUCCCAUUUGUCUCGGCAACCGACAUCUUUCCCCUUCUGCAUGUCAACGACUUGAAGGCAAUUCAAAUUUUCUGUCUAUCAGGUCAAGUUUUGUAAUUAUGUUCGGCAUCAUGAGGUAGCCGUUUUGUAAAUUUCGAGAUUAGUGCAAUUAUUCAGAUUUUUUAUCUGUUAAAAUCUUUUCAAGCCAACUGCUGUUUAAAACUGUGACUGACAGGGUCGUACGCUCUUGCAAGUGAUCCGUCGAUAUUUUCUUGGUCGACAUAGUGAUCUGUGGAUUGAGAAGGCUCUUAUUAAGUGGGUUACUGGUGAGGUCAUUAACCAGUCAGGACGUUUUGAUAUCAUUUUUUCCCUUGCAUUACUUAACGUUCUAUUUUUGGUCUAUGUCUGAGGACACGAAUAGAACGUUCUUUUUUCCAAGAUGCUCAUCUAUUUGCGUGUAUGAACUAUGAAGACGGUUUAUCUCUUUCUCAUGGCUUUCAAACAGAAGUAACCUUGUUCAUAAUUCAUACUUAAUAUACACUUAAAAUUGGU